AUGUGGUAUCAUGAGGUUUUUUCCUACCCAAACUGCCUAAAUACUCUCAGGUCUUACCUUAAAAAGAGAGGAGCUCAGGUAAAGAGGAAAGGAUUUUACCCUCGUCACAUCAACCUGACCCUGUUCAGAGACGAGCAGCCUGUAGCUGAUCAUGAGAUCACUGGAGGAGAUCUGCUGCCCAAUGCUGACGGGACGUACCAGAUGAGGAAGAGUCUGGAGAUCAGAGCUGCAGAUAAACACAGAUACACCUGCUCUGCCACACACCUCAGUCUGGACAACAAACUGGACAUUGAUUUGGAGUGUCAAGGGGAAACAUUUAAGCAGGUGAUUUCCUCAGUGCUUGUGGUUUUGGCAUUGGGACUGGUGUUGAUGACUGUGAUUGGCGUUUUUAAAUGGAGGAGAAGGCGUCACUCAGCUUCCUCCACAAGUGACUACUCUUCUGCUUCUACAACUGAAGACAAUGUGGAUAAAACAUAAUUAAAUUAAUGGGCAAGUAAAUAUGUAGCCUAUAGAUGCAUAUAAUAUUAGAAAGUACUGAUAACAAUAUGCAUAAAUAGAAUAUAAUAGC